UUCUCUUCCAUUGCUCUUCUUUUUUCCUCCUUGCUUAAUCGUGUUCUCUAGUUCUUAUGAGUUUUAUUGGCUAAAUUUAAUCACUGAUUAGCCAUUUGGGGCAGUAUUCUUUAUCUUGUUUUUUUUGAGGGGGGAAGAGGUGAGUGAUACUGCAGCCUUGAGCAUGGAGAUCACCAACGUUAUGGAGUAUAAGGCAAUCGCCAAGCAAAAGCUGCCAAAGAUGGUCUAUGACUACUAUGCCUCUGGUGCAGAGGAUCAGUGGACUUUGAAGGAGAAUAGGGAAGCAUUCUCCAGGAUUCUGUUUCGUCCACGUAUACUUAUUGAUGUUUCCAGAAUUGAUAUGGCUACAACUGUGCUUGGUUUCAAGAUAUCAAUGCCAAUUAUGAUUGCUCCCACCGCAAUGCAGAAAAUGGCCCACCCAGAAGGAGAAUAUGCAACUGCAAGGGCAGCAUCAGCAGCUGGCACCAUUAUGACGCUGUCAUCAUGGGCUACUUCCAGUGUUGAGGAGGUUGCUUCGACAGGACCAGGAAUUCGAUUCUUCCAGCUCUAUGUCUACAAAGAUAGGAACGUAGUUGCACAGCUUGUAAGAAGGGCUGAAAGGGCUGGUUUCAAGGCAAUAGCCCUCACUGUCGAUACUCCAAGACUUGGGCGCAGGGAAGCAGACAUCAAAAACAGAUUUACCUUGCCGCCAUUUUUGACGCUUAAGAACUUUGAGGGGUUGGACCUUGGCAGGAUGGAUGGAACCAAUGACUCUGGUUUGGCAUCUUAUGUGGCUGGACAAAUUGAUCGAUCACUAAGCUGGAAGGAUGUUAAGUGGUUGCAGACAAUCACUUCUAUGCCAAUUUUAGUGAAAGGAGUUCUCACUGCAGAAGAUAGUAAAAAUUCUCUUUUUGUUAUAUUAUGUUCCUUCUUCUUUUUUUUUUUCUUUUUCAAGAAGUCCAUACAUGUAAUAUUAUUUUUUAAUUUAACAAAUCCAGCAAGGUUGGCCAUACAAAAUGGUGCAGCUGGUAUCAUCGUGUCCAACCAUGGAGCUCGCCAGCUUGACUAUGUUCCUGCUACUAUCACUGCUCUGGAGGAGGUUGUCAGAGCUGCAAGAGGCCAAGUGCCUGUCUUUCUUGAUGGUGGUGUUCGUCGUGGAACAGAUGUGUUCAAGGCUUUAGCUUUGGGAGCCUCUGGUGUAUUUAUUGGAAGGCCCGUGGUGUUUUCUUUGGCUGCUGAAGGUGAGGCCGGUGUAAGAAGGGUGCUUCAGAUGCUUCGCGACGAAUUCGAGCUGACAAUGGCAUUAAGCGGUUGCACCUCACUCAAAGAAAUCACUCGCAGCCACAUAGUGACUGAGGCAGACCUGCAUCGCCCUGUAUCCAGGUUAUAAAUCACCUCGAGGAUGAUUGCAUUCCCUCCCAAGGACAGAGAGCUACAUAUAAUUCCAGGAGCCUAUUUGUCCAGGGGAUAGAAUUGCAAUGGAUUCCAGGAAGUCUAUAUUUUCAUUUACUGUUAUAAAUGCUGCCUCCUCUGUAUAUUUUUGUUAUUAGAUACCUAUUAACCUUAGCAUAAAUUUCAAAUUUUGGAAUUUGAAUCCGCUUUCUGGAAUACCUACCAGAUGCUGGUAUGAUGGCAUGCUAA